AUGGAUGGAGGAGAGCCGCCCCCUGAAGAUACUAACGUAGGACCAAUCACCAUGGACGCCGAGGGAAGUGAACUAGAGGCGUCGGGUGCCCUAGCCCUAGCCCUAGACCAGGCGGCGGCCACUGGUGGCCUGGGCGAGGCCGCGGGUGGGCUGACAGCGACUCCAAGAGGCCUAGCGGCGCCCGCUGGUGGCCUGGCCAUGGCUACAGGAUGCAUAGCGACGUCCGGUGGUGGCCUGGACGCCCAGGCCAGGGUCGUCGAUGGGCUGCCACAACCGGCUGAGGAGGCGACCGUCGAUGUUGUAGCCCUAGCGAGGUCAUUGCUGCCGACUGUUCCUCAUCCGGCUAUAGAGUAUAAUCUUCCUGUGCUUGAUGUGCAAAGGUCUCCAGUUCAUGAACCGGAAAAUACAGAAAAAGUUGAUUGGUCAAUAUUACAAAUCAUAGAGACACAUGAUGAUGAAGGUCGAAUUGAAAUAAUGAGCGAGAGUCAAAUGUGUGAGCUUUUAGGCUUGACAGAUGAGGGCACAUCAAAUUUACCUAGACAAGGCUUUGAUCGCCGAAUGGAUGAACAAGAGAAUGGUAGUGAGCUUGGGCAAGAUAUUGAUGGUGCUGCCAUUCCUACUAAUGAUGAUGUACCGGGUGAGAUGGUCAUCACAUAUGAUAAGAACAACCCAUCACUGGAGGUAGGGACAAUGUACCCUACAAUGGAGGAGUUUAAGCUGGCAGUUCGACAAUUUGCCAUCAAUAAAGAGUUCCAUUUAGGAGUGGAGAAGUCAGGUAAGAAGAUAUAUAAGGCUUAUUGCAAGUCUGGUGAUGACAACAAUCCUUGCCCUUGGAGGAUAAAUGGCAAAAAACUGGAAGGCAGCGCAACUGUGGAGGUAACUGUUUUAGUUGAUAAACAUGAAUGUGUGUCUAGCAUGAGGAUGAGAACUACAACUCCAAGUUGCAAGUGGGUAGCUAGCAAAGCUAUCCCGAUCCUUAGAGUGGAACCAAAUAUUCGCGCUACGGAUUUAAAAAAGAGGUUGGACAUAGAUCACAAGUGUGACAUUGCAUAUGACACUGUAUGGCGGGGUAAAGAAAAAGCUCUUGAUGUGGUUUAUGGCAAAUGGUCAGAUAGCUUUGAGUUGUUGUUUAAUUGGAAGGCCGAGGUGAUGAAGCGGAGCCCUGGAAGUGUUGUUGAGAUUGAUGUGCUUGAGGUGGAUGGUCAGGUAUAUUUCCACCGAUUUUUCUGUGCUCUUAAACUGUGCAUUGAUGGUUUCUUGGAAGGUUGUAGGCCUCAUUUGAGCAUAGAUGCAACAACACUUAAUGGAAGGUGGAAUGGUCAUUUGGCUGCAGCUGUUGGAGUUGAUGGUCACAAUUGGAUGUAUCCAGUUGCUUAUGGCUUCAUAGCUUCUGAAACAACAGACAACUGGACUUGGUUCAUGGAACAAUUAAAGAAAGCUAUAGGUGAUCCUCCACUUCUAGCUAUUUGUUCUGAUGCUUGCAAGGGCUUGGAGAAAGCAGUGGGGAGUGUAUUCCCAAAUGCAGAGCAAAGAGAAUGCUUCUAUCACCUUGUUAAAAACUUCCAGAAGAGAUUUAGAGGCUUUGGCCAGAUAUAUCCUGCUGCAAGGGCUUACACAGAGGAGAUCUUCUAUGAUAAUUUAGCAAAAAUGCAAGUUAGCGAUGUUAUUAGGAGAGAGCACAUCUUCACAAACUGA